AGGGUGUGAGGGUCGCGUUCCUGCUGUCUGGACUUUUUCUGUCCCACUGAGACGCAGCUGGUAGGUCCGCAGGCCAGUCCUCCCAAGGGUUGAAGUGUGAGUGCGUGUGAGGAGGAGCCAGUGGCUGUCCGGAGCGUGGGACAGCAUGGCCCGUGGCCUCAGAGGCCGAAGGGUCUCAAGGUGAUCGUCCUUCUCCUCGUGAGGUGGCACUGCCAUGGGCCUUGUUGUGGUGAAGUCAGAAUGAGGGAAGAAGUGUGAAAUAUGAUUUGGCGAGGAAGAUCAACAUAUAGGCCUAGACCGAGGAGAAGUGUACUACCUCCUGAGCUGAUUGGGCCUAUGCUGGAGCCCGGUGAUGAGGAGCCUCAGCAAGAGGAACCACCAACUGAAAGUCGGGAUCCUGCACCUGGUCAGGAGAGAGAAGAAGAUCAGGGUGCAGCUGAGAUUCAAGUGCCUGACCUGGAAGCUGAUCUCCAGGAGCUGUCUCAGUCAAAGACUGGGGGUGAAUGCGGAAAUGGUCCUGAUGACCAGGGGAAGAUUCUGCCAAAAUCAGAACAAUUUAAAAUGCCAGAAGGAGGUGACAGGCAACCACAGGUUUAAAUGAAGACAAGCUGAAACAACACAAAACUGUUUUUAUCUAAGAUAUUUGACUUAAAAAUAUCGAAAUAAACUUUUGCAGCUUUCUCCAAA